UGAGGCAGGACAGCAUGAGAUACUGGGUUUUCAGAACAAAACGACAUGAAAUCCCACUGGUCUCGUAAUAAUGUCUUGGAGAACCAUCACUGGGGAGUUCCUCAGCUUUCAAGGUGAUUGAGCACGUUUUCAGAAACAUGACAUUCUCUCUGCUCUGCUUCUUUUUGACCAAUGUUACUUCUUUAUAAUUUUGUGAUCUUUUUGAACAUUGUUGGGUUUCACUCAGAGAAACCCUGCUCUGAUCUAAACUAUAGCAGAGCUAUAGAGGAGGGGACACAACUGUAACAUCUGAUGUCAGGCUCUUGAUCUCCUUCAUCUGCUCUGUCUGGCUCCCGCUUUAUUUUCUCCCAGGAAAGAAUAUUGUUCAUACAAAGAUGGAGCAUACUACUAAGGAUAUAUUAUGACUUUUAGAUAGCUAGAUACUUAGCACAUCUCUCACUUGCUUUCACAAUCUUUAUGCAUUUCUACAACAAAUCAAUUCAGAAUUACUGUCCACAGGUCUGGGAACUAUCAAAAAAUAAUGUCCAGCGAACACCUGUUUUUUUCCCAGCUAAAUCUUAACAGGAAGUGGGUGAAAUGAAGAACCACCAGUUUGUGUGUGCUAUGCCUCCUCUACCUGGUGACACAGGACUAGGCUGCCAGCAGUGGUAGCUACUGUAGUUCCCACAGCAACAAGUUUGUUUGCCUUCGGUGCACUUAGAGCCAUCUUCUGCAAUAUAUAGUCUCCCAUUUUAAAAGAAACUGUGCUGCUGCUGAGGAGAUUGAGGCUGAAAGACCCUUCCUAGGGAAGGGGAACUGAGGACGUGGCACUUUGCCAGGCUUUGAACUUCAGAGCACUUCAGUCGAGGAGCAAGGUUCCACAUUCCAAGAACUGACCUCCAUUAUAUCCAGAAACUUUCCAAAUCGCAAUGGCCAGACUGUUGCAAGAUCCAUCUAAACUUCAUCCCUCAGAAUGGUACACUGCAAACAAGGUGCAGUGUGCCACUACAGAAUCCCAGAAAUCCAGGUCAGAAUGCAUGACAGCUGAGAGUUGGAGGCUGGUGGAUGAAAUAGAAAAGACAACUCAAAAAACCCAAAGUGAUGUCAACAAGAAAUUAGAACAGAGACAGGAAGAAAUAAAAUUCUGGAAGCGAGAAUUAGAUAACAAGCUGGAACAAAUUGUUCAUGAGACAGAAAUACUGUUGACUUUCAAGAACAGGCUGGAGAGAGCUUUGGAGGGCUGCAAAGAGCCACUUGUCGUGGUCCAAAAGUGUCUCCUGUACAGGCAGAGGCGAGUUGGGAUUGACUUGGUACAUGAUGAAGUGGAACAGGAGCUGGUUAAGGAAGCUGAAGUCCUCCAGGGGAUUAUUGCUUUACUUGGACGUACAUUGGAACAAACAAAUGAGCAAAUCAGACAAAACCGUUCAGCAAAAUACAACCUGGAAAUGGAUCUGAAGGACAAAUUCACAGCCUUGACAAUUGAUGAUUACUGUGCUAGCUUGACAAAUGACACUCCUCAUAUUAGAUAUGCUGAUAACGCGAUGAAACUAGAAGGAAAUUUUAUUAGCCCUGAGGACUGGAUAAAUUUCUCAAACAUAAAUGUUGAAAAGGCUGACAAGCAGCGAAACAAUUCUUUGGCACUGAAGGCACUUAUUGGUGGCAUCCUCUCACAGUCAGCAAAUGACAUGCGCAAACAAUGUGAGAUGGUGAAUGCUGCUUUUAGAAAUAGGGUGAAGGAAGUCAAGGAUGCCAAGCACAAGCUAGAGACACUUCUUGCAAUGGUGAUGGAUGAGAUUGUCACACAGGAGAAGAACAUUGCAGCCUUAAAGAAAGCAAUCGCUGAUAAAGAAGGACCGGUAAAAGUGGCUCAAACACGCUUGGAAGUGAGAAACCAUCGCCCCAAUGUGGAACUGUGCUAUGACACAGUGCACAGCAGCCUGAUGAGUGAAGUUCAAGAGAUUACCAAAAAUAUUCAAAGAUUAAAGGAUGCAUUGGCACAGGCACAGAUAGAGCUGAAAGCUCUGAGCCGCCGACAGCUUUCCUUGGAGGAAGAGAUCAAGGUCAAGGAGAAUACACUGUACAUUGAUGAAGUGCUGUGCAUGCAAAUGAGAGAGUCUGUUUACAUAAACAAUUACUGAAGUCAUCAUACUGGGAGAUUGUGUUCCAAAGAACCAGCUCCUGCUGAAAUUUUAUUGACAAAUUUCCAAAUUUAUUGCCUUGGCUCAAUGCUGUCUAAUGUGCAAGGCAAUUAAAACAGACCUAGUACUUACAGCUGUCUGUUUCACAGCUAUCUAUGCUCAAAAACAUUUGAUGAAAUCUUCCACUUGGCAAUAAAAUUCCAAAAUAAUGAGAAAUUCCAUGUUUCUCUCAUGUGUAACUGAUGAUAUCUUUUGCCAUUGAAAGGCGUCAAAAGGCAACUGUGUGGAACUUAGAGCAGGAGUGUCCUCAUAAAUCACUUAC